AAAGAAUGGGAGAGGGGAAACAAUUAGUUUCCCAUCAAUAUGGGAAUGAGACAGAAUCAGGUAAUAAAGUUAAUUAAAAAAAAAAAAAAAAAAUAUAAGAUAGAUUGUUAUAUAGGAUUGGUUAAUAAGGCAAUAAGAUGAUUGGUCAGUAAAUAAGCACGAGCCCUUGGUCAGUUGUUAAGCCUGGAGAGCCUAUAAAUACAAGUGGACAUCCAGAAACCGUUAGCAGAGCGGCGGUGACAUCUCAGAAGACACGUCUGCUCUGUGCUGCAAUGGAAUUUUACCUGCGUCAGCUUAUGGACAGGGCCGCAGCACCAGGCGGAGAAGAAUGGAUGAAACUUUGCCUUUCUCUGGCUCCUCCAUCCUCGGUUUUGCAGGAAGCUGAUGAGGCAGUGUGCUCAGCAUCUAUGUCCCUUCCUGCUACAGCUCCGCCCCCGGUUCCCGGGUUAUUCCUUCCUCAUGUAGAUCGAGGUGACAGGCAGGUUGAUCUGCCUAUGGGUGUGAAUGAGGUUGGACUUGCUGCGUCAUCGGCCCUCCCUCCUCCAGAAGUGAAUGACGAUGUGCAGGUUAAUGCAAAUACUGUUGCUGGCAGAACUGGCAGGUCGGUUUACAAGAGGACACAGAAGCUGCGCAGAUGUUAUUCUCCAUCACCUCCAAAGAACACUAAAAAGGGUCGCUCUGAUAACACUUUAACUGUUUCAGCACCAGCACAAUGUCCUAUUCCUGUGGUGACAAGUGAUACUGCUCCCACACAAAGAGGUGAGUCUCUCGACUCGGCUGCUUUAUCUGAUAUCAUUUCUAACUUUUCUUUAGUGUCUGGGCAAUUGCAGCAAUUACUGUCUAGAACUUCAUGGCCUGCUAUGGAUGUUUCGCACGCUUGGUCUAACCAGCAAUCUGCCCAAUCUACAUGUGUGCCUAGCCAGGUAAUGCAGGUGGAACCGAUUGCUAAUGUGCAUGAAAUUGCUAAUGUUCCUGAAAGUUGUUUUAGGGAGGCUAUGGCGUGUGAGUUGUCCCCGCUGGGUUUUCAUUUAUCUGCUAAUGUCAAAGCUAAGAUUUGGAAGGGGGAUUAUAUGGAUAUUUUGUCCCUUUUACCAGCUGCAGAAGACAGACCUCUGAGGAGGGAUCAAGAAAAGGUUGUAGAUGAUAAGCGUAAGAUUGUGCCUAGAUCCUUCAAUAACUGGCUUCAGGCCUUCUGUAUUUACGCUAGUGUGAUGGGCGAAAAACAUCCUGAGAUUUGUUAUAAAAUGUUUCAUCAUGUGGAAAUCAUAUUGGAAGCGUAUAAAAAUUUUCCAGGCUUGGCUUGGUUUACUUAUGAUGAAUCUUUUCGUCAAAAACUAGCCGUUCAUGGAUCGUUACGAUGGGGAACAAAAGACGUCGGAUUGUGGCUCAAUUUGUUGUUGCCUCAGAGACCGAUGGUUAGAUCCCCUCCGGUACAGACUGGGCCUUUUCGCAAGGGCCUUUGCUUUAGCUUCAAUGAGGGCCAAUGUAAGUGGCCGCAUACGUGCCGUUUUAGACAUGAAUGUUCUAAUUGUUCGGGAGUACACCCGGCUUCUAGAUGUUUCAAAAAGGUGGCGUUGACCCCGCAGCCUCAGCCUAAGGAUACUUUUCGUAAAAGCAGUAACCCCGGUGAAGUUGGUAGAAAUGUUACCUUAUCUACGCAUUUGGCCGCGUCGUCAGGAGGCGGACUUAUUAAUUAAGGGCUUUUCGUUGGGUUUUUUACUUCCAUCUUUUUCUGGAGUGGGUUGUUCGGUUGUGAAUAAUUUACCCUCUGUUAGCAGGUUUAAAGAGGUAGUUAGGAAAAAGAUAGAGAAGGAAGUACGGGCUGGCAGGGUUGCGGGUCCUUUCAAGGACCCCCCUUUUGUCAAUUUCAGGAUAUCUCCAUUAGGCAUUAUUCCUAAGAAGGAUACUAAGAGUUUUAGACUGAUUCAUCAUUUGUCAUUUCCUGCUGGCUCUUCUUUAAAUGAUGAUAUUGAUCCUGAAGUCUGUACGGUAUCUUACAGUUCGUUUGACGAUGCUAUUUCUUUGGUUCGUUCGGUUGGUGGUUCGGUUUUUUUGGCUAAGGCUGACAUUAAAUCGGCAUUUCGUUUGUUACCCAUCCACCCGUCUGCUUUUGAUUCGCUUGGCUUUUAUUUUGAUGGUAAUUUUUAUUUCGAUCGUUGCCUCCCGAUGGGCUGUUCUAUGUCUUGUUGCUAUUUUGAGACUUUCUCGUCAUUUUUGGAAUGGUCGGUUUCGCAUGUCACGGGUUCUCUUAAUUUGGUGCAUUAUUUAGAUGAUUAUCUUUUUAUCGGGGCUUCUUCUGCAGAUUGUUUGUUUUUGUUUACAAUGUUUAGGAUGCUUUGCAGGAAAUUUGGAGUGCCUCUAGCGGAAGAGAAAUCGGUCUGGCCUACGAAAUCGUUGGAGUUCCUAGGUGUUACGAUUGAUGCUGAGAGAAUGGAAUUUCGUUUGCCUCCUGAUAAGGUGUGUCGUAUGCGCUUUUUGGUUUCUUUUGUCUUGAGCAAAAAGAAGGUUACACUGCGUACAUUACAGGCUCUGUUGGGUCUGUUGGCCUUUGCGACCAGAGUCAUAGCUGUUGGGAGGGUUUUUUCGAAGAGGUUGUACAGAGCGUUGGCAGGAUUGAAGGACCCUCGGCAUUUUGUCAGGAUUUCCUCAGAAUUAAGAGAUGAUUUGAAGGUUUGGGAUUGUUUUUUGUUACAUUUUAACGGUUGUUGUUUUUGGCAGUCUCCAUUUUGUGAUGCUUCGGCACUCUCUCUGUUCACAGAUGCUUCGGGAUCUUAUGGUUAUGGUGUAUACUGGGAUGGACAUUGGUCAGCUGCUCCUUGGCCGGCGGGUUGGAUGGAGAGGGGUUUGACUUCCAAUAUUGUAUUUUUGGAAAUCUUUCCCAUCUUGGUGGCUCUGGAAUUGUGGGGUGACAGUUUUCGUAAUAUGAGAUUGCUUUUUCAUUCGGACAACAAGGGUGUGGUUUUUUCCAUCAAUUGUAUGUCUUCCAAGUCUCCACCUGUGGUUGCUGUUCUUCGGCACAUUGUUUUUAAAUGUCUCCUUUUGAAUGUUUGGAUUAAGGCUAAAUAUAUACCUGGUCAUGUUAAUGAUAUUGCUGACGCACUGUCUCGAUUACAGCAGGAACGUUUCAGGACACUGGUGCCAGAAGCAGAUCUUCUUGGUCUUCCGUGCCCUAUCCAUCUGUGGUCCAUCGUCUAGAGAAGGUUCAAGUUGCUGUCCUGAACUCGUUGGCUCCUUCCACGUGGGCAAAUUACAAGGCCGCGUGGGAUAGCUGGCAAUCUUUUUUGUUUACGCAGGGUCAUCAUCAGGAUGAGUACAGUGAGCAUCUGGUUCUUUCUUUUUUGGACUCCUUGAUGGGUUCUAAUUAUUCAUAUUCGCAUGUUGUUAAAAUUUUGGCUGGGGUUUCUUUUUUUGUUAAAUGGCGGAAUUUACCGCCUUGUUCUAGUUUUUUUUUCUAUACAACAAGUAUUGAAGGGUUACCGGAAAUGUUCCUUUUCUGUCGAUACUAGGGUUCCGAUUACUGUGGAACUGUUGCGAGCCUUACUCUCAGUGACUGAUUCGAUAUGUUCGUCUAAUUAUGAAGCUGUUCUUUUCAAAGCUUCUUUUAGUGUUUGUUUUUUUGGAGCUUUUAGGAUUUCGGAAUUGGUGCCCAAUUCCUCCUUUGCUUGUAAUGGCCUGCUCUAUUCGGAUUUGUCUUUUUCUGACAGUGGGGUUCAGUUUUUUUUGAGGCAUAGUAAAACUGAUCAACUGGGGAAGGGCCGAAUUAUUAGUAUUGCUAAGAUUUAUGACAGUUCUAUUUGUGCUUGUCACUUUAUGUUUAAGUAUUGUUCCAUUCGUCCUAAGUGUGGAUCUCAUUUAUUUGUACAUGUUGAUGGGCUUCCGCUUACCCGUUUUCAAUUUUCUGCAGUCCUGAAGAAGUGUUUAGUCAAGCUGAAUCUUGACCAUUUGCAUAUUACCACUCACUCAUUUAGAAUAGGUGCAGCUACUGAAGCUUCUAGGCUUGGUUUGUCUGCAUCUGCGAUCCAGGACUUGGGUGGGUGGAAGUCCAAUUGUUUCAAGACUUAUAUUAGGCCUAACCUUUGCCAUUUCUGAAUUCCAGGUGCAUCAAAGCAUAAUGUCUGGAUUUUAGGACAUUCUUACGUGUUCUGGGCUAAGAAACGUGCUUCUAUCCGUUCGUAUGGUAAUAAUUUGGGUUUGGAUGGUGAGGAUGUUUUUAUUUGUUGGUUUGGUAGGCGCGGAAUGUCUUGGUUUGACUUGCGCCCUACUUUAAAUAGAUUAUAUUCUUCAUGGCCUCCUCCGAAUGCUGUAGUUUUCCAUCUCGGGGGUAAUGACUUAGGUCAUUAUAAGACACUUGAUUUAUUAAGUAGGAUUAAAGUUGACCUCUAUCAAUUGCAUUUAAUUCUUCCUAAUACAGUUUUAAUAUUUUCCGAAAUUAUUCCAAGACUUUCUUGGUUUUUAUCUCCAGAUCUACUGUUCUUGGAGAAAAUUAGAAAGAAAAUUAAUAGGGCCAUGGCUAAAUUUAUGCCUUCAAUUGGGGGCAUGUCUUUUAGACAUGUUGAAUUGGAAGGUAGAAUUCCAGGUUUUUAUCGGUCAGACAAUGUUCAUUUGUCUGAUGUGGCCCUGGAUAUAUUAAAUUUGGAUUUGCAGACUAGUGUGGAAUUGGCCGUGGCCAGGGUGGGGUGCCAGACUUGUUAAUCAAGUCUGGCGGGUGGGGAUAUUUGUGUGUAAGUUUAUGGUAUAUAGUUUGAGCUGUAAGGGCUAAACUAAUUUAUGGGAAUAAGUAAGAGUAUUGGCAAGUAAUGUUUUGGUGAUAAUACGUUUAUUAUAAAUACCAACAAUGAAAGAGCUACGGCCAAUUAUUUCCAACAAAUAAAAUAUUUUAUCAAAAUGAUAAUUUCUGGUUUCAUAGUAUUUAUUUAUAGAAGGUUAAAGAUUUCUGUAUUCAUUCCCAUGGGAGAGGGGAAACAAUUAGUUUCCCAUCAAUAUGGGAAUGAGACAGAAUCAGGUAAUAAAGUUAAUUAAAAAAAAAAAAAAAAAA